UCUUUGAGGAUAACUCGACGGAUCACACGGUCACUGCUUCCUUCGCUUGGACUGACGUGGCGGCCUUCUGUGAGCUGACUUGGAAGGUCGAUUAUGGACAUUCCUUGACAGGCAGACUGCCUCAACGUCCGUCUGUCGUAGGCUGCUGCUACUGAUUUUACGCUCCCUUACCGUGUCUGCAAGAAAUGGCCGUCGCUGCGGGUCGUGUCUCGUGUUCGUGGAUUACCGAGACGCGAACACUGAGCAAUUGCCAGAGCUCAGCGUACGGGAGUCGAUUAUCCAAUGUCAGUUGCAUCCGCCUGAUCAGGUCCAGACGCUCUAGCAUCGCUGUGGGCCUCAGCAUUCGAAGUGAGGCGGAGGCCAGAACGGAGAGCGGGAGCAGCGCGGAGCAAGACCGAGGCGACAAGAAGAAGGUGGUGGUGGUCGGAGCAGGAUGGGCAGGUCUCGGUGCUGCACAUCAUCUCUCCAAGCAGGGUCUGGAUGUGACACUCUUAGAAGCUGGCCCCCAACCAGGAGGACUUGUAGCAGGAUGGAAAACUCCGGCUGGACGCUCGGUGGAGGUCGGCAUUCACGGAUUUUGGUACCCGUACAAGAACAUAUUCGCUUUAGUGGAUGAACUUGGACUGCGACCUUUUACCGAUUGGACUCGCUCGGCUCAGUACUCUCCAGCUGGACUCGAGGUAGAGUCUCCUAUCUUUCAGGACCUUCCUCGACUUCCAAGUCCACUGGGGACAUUCGUCUAUACCCAGUUUCUGCGCUUACCGUUGCUCGACCGAUUGACAGCUCUUCCUCUCAUGUAUUCAGUUAUCGACUUCGACAACAGCGACGCAGCAUGGAGAAAAUACGAUACUCGAACGGCCCGGGAGCUAUUUCGUGAGUCUGGAUGCUCAGAGCGUGUGUAUAACGACGCCUUCAAUCCCAUGCUCCUCGUAGGGUUGUUUGCCUCCGGAGAGCAGUGCAGUGCUGCAGCCACGAUCGGUAUGCUCUACUACUUCAUCAUUGCUCAUCAGGCGGAUUUCGACGUAGUAUGGUGUAGGGGUACGGUUGGGGAGAAAAUCUUCAAACCAUGGAUUGCUGCUAUGCAAAACAACGGUUGCAAAUUUCUGUCCAGCAAAAGAGUCACCGAUGUCACACUGGACGAAGCAACUGGAGACGUGACAGGUGUGGCGUGUGGAGAAGAAAUUUUCGACGCCGAUGCUGUAAUUUUCUCCGUCGGUAUCAAUGCCCUCCAAAAAAUCGUUGGCAACAGUACUGUGUUGAAGAGUAGAGAAGAAUUUGUCAACACUGCGAAUCUAGGAGCAAUUGAUGUAUUAGCUGUCCGACUCUGGCUCGACAGAAAGGUCAAGAUUCCAAAGCCCAGCAAUGCCUGCUUCGGGUUUGAUACAACAACCGGAUGGACUUUUUUCGAUCUCAACUAUUUGCAUGACGAGUACAGAGACGAGCCUGGAACUGUUGUUGAAGCAGAUUUCUAUCAUGCCAACCAGUUCUUGCCAUUGAGCGACGAGCAGAUUGUCGUGAAAGUUCAAAACUACCUCAAGCAGUGCAUUCCAGAAUUUGGAAAGGUCAAGGUCGUGGAUCAAGCUGUUGUCCGAUUCCAAAAGGCGGUCACUCAUUUCUCUCCAGGUUCCUACCAGUAUAUGAUGGAUGGAGAAACAAGUUUUCCUAAUGUUUUCAUGGCUGGUGACUGGAUCAAAACUCGGCAUGGCUCCUGGUCUCAGGAGAAGGCUUUUGUCACGGGACUUGAAGCCGCCAACAACGCAUUGUAUUACCUGAACACGGGUAGUCCUGCUCCCAUCAUCCCCAUAGAACCUGAUGAACCUCAUGUGCAGGAACUCCGACGCUUGAACAAUGCGGCCAAAGACUUACUUGCACCAUUGGGGAUAUUCUCCAAUGUUCUGUAGAUCCUGAAGAUACUCGAAGAACGCGACAUCCCAUCCCAUCCUGAAGUGGCCACACUAUAUGGAAAUUAGCAGAUAGCCGUAGUAGGAUCAAAGUGCCGAGAUGAUCGUUCGGUGAGUUUCGCUCCAUCAAGAGCUCGUCGAACUCACCUUUGCGUGAAAUAGACUACUGACACACUCUCAAGCCACCAUGGUGGUAGACUGGGUAGAAGUGAUCCAAAAAAAGAUUAAAGGCCAGAGAAUUGACUGCAGUUAUGGGAACAAAUUUUUAAUGCCCGAGGUUGAAACGAAUCGAGCUGUUCAAGCUCUUUGACUUGGGCUUCUUCAGGUGAGAAUAUAGUUUGCAGAGUCUUGAGUUUAUCCUCCUUGUUUUGUACGAGGGAGAUUCCUGCCUCAGAAGCCUAAAUUUUACUCAAGAGCUUCUCCCACUCGACAAAUAUCGGAAAUUAUACCAAAGGAGUUGAUGUACUAACAUAAUAUAUAUGAAUCAAUCCAGAAGUAACUCCCACCGAACAAAUACAUCUCAUAACUUGUAUUCUUAGAAAACUUAUAUGUCAUAAU